AUGGCAGCUGCCAGCGUCUCCUUUUCAGGCUCCACUGCUUCCAGCUCAGCCUUCGAGGACUAUUCGCUCUACAGUAACCUGUCUGAUGAGGAGCUCGUCCAGCUGGCCAUAGAGCGCAGCCUCACUGAGAGCCACGGCUCACAAACCAACAGCAACCUGAAUCCACCAAACCCACCAGCCACAAACUGCAGCUCCCAUAACCCACCAAACCCAUCAGCCACAAACUGCAGCUCCUCCAAUUCAUCAAACAGACCUGCCACAAACUGCAGCUCCUCCAAUUCAUCAAACAGACCUGCCACAAACUGCAGCUCCCAUAAUCCCCCGUGUGAAAAGCCACCUGACAUGAGGCAUUUUGAUGGAACAGUGAGUCACUUCAUUACAGGUUAUGGAAGACGGAUGGUGGCCUAUCGCAGAAGAGAUGGAAGUCUUAUCCAUGUGGCUCCAGAGCUCGAAGAGGAGGAGGAGCCCCUCUUUGAAGCCAUAAGAUGUGGAGACGCCGGCAGAGUCAGACAGCUGGUCAACUUGCUGGGUACCAACCUGCUGCAGCCAAGUAAACCAGGCUGGUUGGCUUUCCAUCAGGCCGCCUGGUAUGGCCAGGAGGCCUGUCUCAGGGUUCUCCUGACAGCCCUACCAGGGAUGGUGAACAAGGUGACGGAUAAGGGCCAGACAGCUCUUUUCCUGGCUGUAAGUAGAGACCAGAUGAGCUGUGUGCACAUCCUGCUGGAAAAAGGUGCUGACCCAGAUAUAAUCACCAAAGACCGAGAGACCCCUCUCUACAAAGCUUGUGAAAGGGAAAAUGCGGCGAUGGUGGCCCUGCUUCUGAAUCACGGUGCAGCGGUCAACGCUCACUGCAUUCAGGGCUGGACGGCGCUCCAGGAGGCGGUGUAUCGGAACAAUGUGGAGGUCUGCGAGAUGCUGGUGAAGGCCGGCGCCAAGCUAAGUCCAGCCAACAUCUACGGGAUCACACCUCUGUUCACUGCAGCUCAAAGCGGACGAGUUGAGACGCUUCGCUUUCUCCUCAAACAUGGUGCAGAUGUGAAUAGCCAGGCUGCAGAUGGAGCUACAGCCCUGUAUGAAGCUGUUAAGAAUGGACAUGAGGAGGUGGUGGAGCUCCUUCUCUCUCAAAGAGCAGACGCCAACAAACCCGGAAAGACUGGCUUACUACCGCUUCACAUAGCAGCUAAACAAGAGACUGACAUCAUGGUGUCCAUGCUGAUCCCAGCCACCAGUACAGCCCGUGUGAGGCGAAGCGGCAUCAGUCCACUCCACCUGGCAGCCGAGUACGACAGGGAUGAAGUCCUGGAGGUCCUGAUCCAGGCGGGCUUUGACGUUAAUGCCCAGCUGUCUCUGGAGCGCUCUAAGAUGUAUGAGGACCGCAGGAGCACGGCUCUCUACUUUGCUGUCAUCAACAACAACAUGGACGCUGUCAGCAUGCUGCUGGAGGCUGGAGCAGAUCCCAACCUGGACAUGUUCAACCCCCUGCUGGUGACAGUGAGGCAGGGCAGCGUGGAGAUUGCUGCCACGCUACUGAGGCAUGGGGCAAAUAUUAAUGCCUACAUCCCCACCCACCCCACCACCUUUCCAGCUACAGUUCUGUUGUCCAUGAGAAAAUUGUCCAUGUUGAAGUAUUUACUGGACAAUGGCUGUGAUGCCUUGUCCUGUUUUAACUGUGCUUAUGGUAGCAACCCUCAUCCAGCAACCUCAACUUCCCGUUCAGGCCGAGAUGACCUAAGCUACACGGAGAAAGUUCUGUCUGAAACACCGGGCAACAGCUGUGUUCAGUUUUGUGAGAUCAUCUCUACUUCCAAUAUGAGUCGGUGGGCGGGGCCGAUUAUAGACGUCCUAUUGGACUACGUUGGCCAUGUGACCUUGUGCAGCAGACUGAUGGAACACCUGGACAGUUACCCUGACUGGUUCGGUAUCAAAGACAAAGCAGCUCCACCUCGUCCUCUCAUGCAGCUGUGCAGAGUCAGGAUUCGCCAGCUGGUUGGAACCAGUCGUCUGAGACGGCUUCAUACUUUGCGGCUGCCGGCUUCGCUCCUCAGGUUCCUCCUGUACCAGGAUGCCAUCGACUCCUACGACGCAUAA